UCUGCGACCUCCACCGCCCUUGUUGUCAUAGCGCCGCCGUGUGAGCGUGGAGCCCGGGCUGGCGGUGCAGGGGUAGUUAUUUCCUCAGGUAUCGGUGGCUGGGGCUUCAGAUGCCGCGCCGCCUGGGGUGUUGCUGAGCAGCCAUGGAGAGCGCCCCGCUGUGCCCGGUCAGAGCGGGGCAUUUACCUCCUGCCCCCGGCCGAGGGACUUCGCAGAAAGCCAGACACAAAGCGGCUUGGGAAUCCGACAAGGACUCUGGAUACUCAGAUGUUGCGUCAGAGGGCCUGAGCUCCGUGGAGCAGACGGAUUCCGAGGAGGGCCCCGCAGCAGGACCCCGGAACGCGGAGGACCCCUCAGGCCACGCUCACACCCGCACUCCGCCUGUUGGAGUCUUGCAGAAAGUGCUCGUCGAUCAGGGGUCCGGCCACAAGCCCCCCGUACAAUCAUGGACUAUCCGUCCCUCUCUUCAGCUACUUCCAUCUUCUCCACAAAUCCUGCUCUUCCCUCCCGCCAGCAGCAAGACCCCGAAGUAUCUGCCCGUCUUAAACUCCUACGCCAAGAUAGCCCCUCACCCACCCCAGCGCUCGGCCAAAAGAGGGGCCGACACGUUCCGUCCCGGGCCGGCAAGCGGACUGCAUUCCGGGGGCCCCGGCCACAAGCGCAAAUGCAGAGCUGCCUCCCUCCCGUUUCGUACGAAAAAUCAAGAACGUUUGAUGCCGGCAGAGGUUCUGGGUUGUGAGGCUGCGGACAAAGGACACGGGGGUCCCACGCUGGCCGAGACCGUCGACACGGGCUGUGGGGUAACUUCUAACCAAGAAACAAGCGCCCCUACGGUCCAGCCUGCCCGCUCGGCAGAUCCGCAGAACAAAAGCCGGCGUUUCCAGAACACCCUGGGAGUGCUGCACCACUCGGGUCUGCUGGGCAUUGCCAUGAAGACCAAGGAGUUGAUGCGGCUGAACCAGGUCACCCAGCGCCAGCUGGAGAAGCUGCAGCAGCAGGUAGAGCUUUAUAGCAGGGCAGUGAGUGGCAAUGAGCUGCAGCACUGGCAGAAGCUGCAGGACUCGCUAGCAGAGGGUGAGCGAGACGCGCCUGCCGCUCGCACAGAGUGACGCGUGAGAUCCGGCGCGUGCUGCUCACACUCUAUUCACGUGUGACGUUAGAUCCAUGUAAUAAUCAGCCAAACCAGAAGAACCCACUGCAGCCGGAGCCACGUGCCGCGAUCUCGCAGGGCAGGAAAGGGGCACUUCUUACCCCGUGGGUCACAGGCCAGUGCUUGUCACGGUCACCGAGUGGCAGGAGACCACGGUGUGUGCCCACCACCGAGUGCAGGGCUGAGGGAGCAAGAGAU